AUGACAGCCCUACUCAGGAAGAUCAGGAAUAAUGCUGAGAAAAUAAGUUCAAGAGGUGAUAAAGUUAGUUACAUUUCUACGUACAACAGAUUAAUUGAAGAAGCAAUAAAAAAGGAUGUUGAUAUCGAAAAAAGUUCACUAAGUGUAGCAUUUGAACCACUGAUAAAAGAUGUAACAUGCCGUGUUCUUGUCAAGGCACUCUCAAUUGCUUCCCAAGCUUUCGGAUUCAUAGAUCAUAUGAGUCGGGAUAUCCAAAGGAACAAGGACUUGCUCUCAUUAUCUUUAAAUGUUCAUAGUAAUGUAUAUGGAGAAAUUUUAGCAAAUAUGAAGACAGCUAAAAGGAAAUCAGCUAAUCCUGAUAUGGAUGUAAAGGAAAUGAUUGAUGAAUGUGCUGCUCUCUUUGAGAUUCAUAACGAUGAAAUCAUUUCUGAUCUUUUCGAACCAUUUGUCUUUUUGACAAAGCUAAAGGGUUCAGAGACUAGAGUAAUUUAUACAAAAAAAGGUAAUUCUAGACUUGUUAUAGUAUUUUAUCAAAGAGGAUCUCAUUUGGAUCCUUUAUGUUAUUUUGUUUAUCAUAACGGUUAUCCUUGUUUUAUUAAUUUGAUUCAUCAAUAUUCCGCACCGGAGCCGAGAGUUCAAAAGAAUGUAUUCAAGCAAGUGAACACACUUGACCUCUCUGAUUGGUUCAAAUCUAUCAUUGAGCAAAAAACUAAAUUUGAUUUUUUGCCUUGUUAUUUAGCUUAG